ACGUACGAUUCAGAUCCAACCCCAUAAACAUUAGAAUUUCUUAGUUCACUUGCAGCCCUCUUACUUUCGUCUCCUUGCAGCAACUCUCAAACCAAACCCCCAAUGAUGGCGACUACCAAAACCUUCUUCAAGCCUCUUCCUUCUUCUGGAUCCAAAUCCCUAAUUCCUUCAACCUUCAGAUCCCCAAAUCUGCACUGCAUACCACAUUCUUUAGCCAAGCGCAUGUCUUCUCUUGCCAUCAGAGCUUCCGCGGCUGCAGUUCCCUGCCCCUCCGACGACGCAUUGCAUCCCAAGUUCCCAGAGCAUUUCAGGGUCAAGAUCAUGUUCGAAUCCCUCCCAUACAUCUAGUGAUUUAGGGGCAAAACAACCAUCAUGAAGUCCGGUGCCGCCGCCAUGAUAGACCAGAAGUUGAAGGCCUCCGUCAUCGUCUCCUACGUCGGCCUCCACCCAAUCCUCGUCCACGGC